CUUUUGACUGGUACUACCGCCUUUCAAGCUCCAUCAGCUUCAUUUAAGCGCUUAGAACCAAGAGGCUUUAUGGUAUGGAUACCACAUAAGCCUGGUAUUUCUUUAUUUGCAUUCCAUGGAAAUUUAAAUCGGCAAAUGAACGGCUUAGAAGCAGGUACUUGGUCCGUCGAUAUAACUAAUAAUGAAAAUGGAUUUUGGGUGUAUAGGAAUCAUGAUGCCGUAGUAAAUCCAGGUGAUAGAAUAUAUUUUUGGACUUACGUCUUAAAGGAUGGUCUCGGUUAUCGUCAGGAUAAUGGUGUGUUUUAUGUUUAGUCUACAUAUGUGAACUAUGAAAAUAUUUUUAAAAAUAUAUUUUUAAUUAAAUACUUUCAUUUAAAAAUUAAG